AUGCCUACAGGCAAUUCUCAAGAAGACGUGGUUCCGGAGUAUAUCUCCCGCAUGGAGAAAGUGCCAGCGCCAUUUCUGCCUCCCAGGUCUUCCUAUGGCGUUGAUGGCCUUUCUCGUGCAAUGAUAGCCUGGAUGCUGGAUAUCAACAUCCGGGCGAGCAUCAAACGCCGCGAGUUCGAGCGUACCCGCAUCAGGAUAUGUCUUUACAUCAAGCACAUGGAGCGGAUCAUGACCUUGAACAAUAUCACCUUUGUGCCAUAUAGCGACAAACUAGGCAAUGAAAUGAUACGUGAUGCGAGGAAUACUUUUAAAAGCCAGAUGGUGGCCAGAAUGUUGACGGCGGGACCGAUCCCCCUCACAAGUCCUAUCAGGGAAGAGAAGGAGCUUUGCGGGACCGUGUCGGAUGCGCAGACACUGGAAUACAAACUUCACCAGUUGGAGGUUAUUCGUCACCUGGGCAGAGCUGACCCACCGAGUUUGGAAGAAUUCAAUGCCUCGAGGAGGCAGCAUAGACCGCAGACAGACCCUCGCCGAUAA